AGAAGAAUAAGAAUCACAAAAAUAUAAUAUCUCCUAUAUAAUAAAAGAAAAAUACAUUAUCGCUUUCAUAUUACAUUGGACACGUGUGAGCUUCACAUCAAUUUUAAUUUGAAUAUGCUAACGUGUCAGCCUCACAAUCAUUUAACAGUUAGUAGAGUUACAUACUUUUUUUUUAACUCCACCGCUGACAAUUUAAUGUGUUCACACUAAUUUUUUUAAUCAAUUCUUCCUGCAUGUUUAACAUUUGUAUUAGUGAACUGAAAAUUUAUUUGUACAACUACUUAAUAAUAUCAUUUUGAAAGAAAGAAAUUACAAAAUUAUUAAGAUUUGCAUCAAAAAACGCUGGAAUAAGAAUGUUUUUAGAAAUUGAAAGUUUCAUAUCUUGCCGAACUUAGCAAUGGUUGAGGUUUUUGUACACAAAUGCAAUAAAUAAUUUUGAUUGAUUAUGAAUUAAAGAAAUUGAGGUUAAAAAACACCAAACACAAAGUUGGACUUUUAGUUUAGCCAAAUAUUGUUUUUUUAAUGGAAUUUUCAUAUCAGACCAAGAAUCAGAAACAUAAUCAGGAUGCUAGAAAAAAUUAGAAAUUAGAAAAGCUUCAAAAGAAAAAAGUUCAUGAAAUCGAUUGAAAAACAUAAUUCAGGUGCCGACUGAAGAGAUCACAUUAUUUUUCAUGCAACUCUAAAAAAUUUCACUCGAUUAUAUCAUAUUUUUAUUAUAUUUAUCAAAAAAAAUUAUAAAAAAAUACACGUUAUUGGUUAGAGACUACGUCAGUUUUGCAACAUGCACAACAAUAUUAACACGAUGUCCAACUAUUUUUAUUGGUAUUCUUAAAAUAUGGUUCAAUAAUUGUGUAUGUUAAAUAAGCUCAGACUAUUUGUUUGACAUUUUUUUAGUUUGCUUUAUAUUAUUAGAAGAAAGUAAGUAUGUGUAAAAUAUCUGGAUCCAAAGAACCAAACCGAAGUAGAUUUGAAAAUAAUACUAAGCAUAAACUAAAACUGAUUAAGUACUCAUGAAUCUAAAAGUUUAAUAUCCACAUAACCAGAUAUGAAUUUUAUCUAAACUAAAAUAUUUUGGAUACCAAAAACAUCUAAAUCACAAUUAUAUACUUAAAAUAUGUUAAUUAUUUUAAAUUUUCUAUCUAUUAGACAUUCAAAAAUAUGAAAAUAUCUAAAAAUUAUCAACAAAGUCACAAGUAAAUAUCUAAAAGUAACAGAAUAUAUUCAAAAUAUUGAAAAUGCUUAUUUGUUCUCCAUCCAAAUAUUUUAAUUGAACUAAUUUUUAUGUAAAUUUAAAUAUUUAGUUUUAUAUUAUUCAUAUUUUUAUGUUUUAUAUUAUUUUAUUUUUGUAUUUUUAAGAUUUAAAUAUAUUUAGAUUUUUGUUAAGAAAAUACAUAAUUAAAAAUGAGUAUCCGAACUCGAAUCCGAACCGAACUUUCAAUGAUUUGAACCAAAUCCAAACCAAAAUUUGUAAAUGUCCGAAUAAGAUUUAAAUUUUUAACUCUAAAUAUCUAAAAUCCAAAUAUAUCAACCGAGUCUAAACAGAAGUAUGAAUACUCACCUUUUGAAAAAGUUAUACAAAUUCUUUAAUGCAACAUAUAAUAAAUAAUCUAAUAAAUUAUUUUAUUCUGAGCACAACUAGGGUUACUAUCUAGUUGUUAUUCAUCAACAAAAACAAUGGAAUCAAUGAGCAAACAAAAUCUCUCUCAAAGAAAUAAGAUACAAAAAGAACCGACCUUGUCCAAAAAAUAGAUAAAUAAGAUAAAUAAAAAUAAUCAAUGGACAUAUUUAUCUCUUUGAACAUAAUUAUCUUGUUGAAAUAGAUAAAUAAAAAUAAGAUAACCAUAAAUUUAGAAACCGCCCUAGAAAAUAAUUAUUUAUGUAUUGUAACCUAACUUAUAUGUCUAUAGUCUAUAUAUAUUACGUUGGUAAGUUAGAAACCCCCAAUUUCUCUCUCAAUAAACACAAAACGAUGACUAUUAUCUCCGACCUUUCCUGGGAUUUGGUUGAGGAGAUACUCUCUAGGGUUCCCAUAAUUUCUUUAGGAGCGGUGAGAUCCACUUGCAAACGAUGGAACCGUUUAUCCAAAAAUCGGCUUUUGUGUAAAGCAGAAGCAAGGAGGCAUCAGUUUCUACGCUUUAUGGUGAAGAACUAUAAGCUUUGUUCAAUGAGAUUCGAUCUCCAUGGAAUCCUCGACGGAGAAGAAUUCGUGGAUCCAUCUAUUAAGGAGAUCACCGUCGUUGAUUCACUUAAUCACGUCAAGGUAACCCAAGUAUUUCAUUGCGAUGGCUUAUCCUUAUGUGUUACCAAGGACAAAGAAGAGAACAAAACUAGCCUCCUGGUCUGGAACCCAUAUUUAGGACAAACCAGAUGGAUUCAAGCCAGAAACGACUACAACAGGUUAGACCUUUAUGCACUCGGAUAUGACAGCAAUAAUCGUAAACACAAAAUCUUGAGGUUCUUGGAUACUGGCUCCUCUUACAAGGUUACGCUGUACGAAAUCUACGAUAUUAGUUCUGAUUCAUGGAGAGUUCUUAAUAUCACUCAGGACUGGGACAUAAUGUUCUAUCAUCGUGGUGUGUCUUUGAAGGGAAAUACUUAUUUUUUUGCAAAAAAAAAAAUACUACUCGUAGAUGGACCGGUAGAAAUAGCCGAGCCCCAUGCUAUCUUACUUUGUUUUGAUUUUACAAAAGAGAGAUUUGGACCGCCUUUGCCUCUACCGGUUGAGCACUAUGUUGACGAUACUGGGACACUCUCUUCUCUUAGAGACGAGAAACUGGCAGUCUUAUAUCAGCCCACAAGUAUGUCUGACGUGCAGAUUUGGGUGACGACUAAGAUUGAGCCCAGUGCAGUGUCCUGGGUUCCCUUUUUAAAAAUUGACGUGGAACCAUUCACAGGUUUCGGAUUCCAGUUUCACCAUGAUGGUGCCAGUUUCUUCAUUGACGAGGAGAAGAAAGUCGCUCUAGUUUUUCAAAUAGACGAAUCUGAAAUGACCUGCUAUGACACAGCUUACCUCAUUGGGGAGAAUGGAUACUUUGAAAAAGUAGGUCUUGGAGAAGCUGAGAAACCCCAAUGGUCGGCUAAUAACGUGGGAGAAUAUUGCCCACUUGUGUGCUCUUGUUCCUUUGUUCCAAGUUUAGUGCAUAUCAACAACGAAUCUGCAGGAAGCUAAACUUAAAAAUCAAAAAGGAAGGAACAAAGAAGAUCAUCACUAACUAUGAUGACAAUCACUUAUUUGUUUUUUCAUCUCUUCCAUUUGUUUUUGUUUUAUUUUUCAUUUUUAAAUCUCUUUUGGACAAAACUAUUGGUAAUUUCUAUUAUUUAGUUAAACAAGUUUUAGAUGAUCAGAAAUUUUAUCGUCGGAUUUGCUCUCUAUCCUUCACCGGGUAAAUGAAACGAUAUAGUAGCCAGCCUCUCUGUACGUAGCUUUACUUAAGAUUUUUUUGGUAUCUUUACUUAAGAUUAUAUUCAAACAAUAAUUCACGCAAAGUAGUAUAAUGUUAUUUUACAAAAAAAAAAAAAAAAUAGUAUAAUGUAUU